CCCAAGCCCAAAAAGUCCCAUCACUGUCCCUGGCCCAAUUGCCACAAAACCUUCACGCGUUCGGCCCACCUGGCUCGUCAUGUUCGUUCUCAUGGUGGCGAACGGCCUUACGCAUGUCCACAGGAGGGAUGUGGCAAGCAUUUUUCACGCUCUGAUGUCCUCAAGGAACACAUUAGGAUUCACGAC